AUGGCCGCCACACUACCCUCACGGUCAUCGGAACAUCACUUCUCGAUCUCAAACAUCAUCUCCAAAUUUCGGUCAAAGAAAGGGACGAGCAACAAAAAGCCCGAUGCGCAACCGUCGCGGGAGAUCUUGCAAGAGACGCGCCUGCCACUAAAGCCCGCGCCACUACCCUUAGUCCUACCAGAACAUCAACAGACCCUGUCAGCUCUCGGCUGGACGACCGUCACUUUCCCUGAAUCAUCACCAUCCCAAUCUGAAGCGACAAAUCACGAGCAUCAAGCCCCCGCGCCUGGGCCUCACCCUUUGCAGGCCGCAUACGAACAGCUCUUCGCAGCAAGUCAAGCUUUCUUCAACCAGCCCGAUAAGGAAAAGCAGCGAUGGAAGCACAAGCUCAAGUCUGAAGAAGGCUGGUCCAAGAUCCCCGGCGAAAAGGAAUUUAUCACUUUGCGAACUCUAGAGUACUGUCCAGAAGUCUUGAGAGGGCCUGCAAAGAGGUAUUGGGAUCUCAUUGGACAGCAUUGCUCGAACACGUUGGGUAGGAUCUCAACGUCCCUUGGGCUACCAGAUGGCGAAGACGAAGGGCUGAGACAGUUUGUUGGACCCUGCGGUGCGCUGCAAGCUUCUGAUAAGGAGAAGACGGCGACGAUGCUGCGAUUGUUCAGAUAUGAGGGGUGGGAAGCGAAGGUUGUGGCUGAACCGCAUGCUGAUCUAGGACUGCUAAGCGUGGUUGUUGGUGAUGUGCCUGGUUUGGAGGUUUGGGAUGGAGCCAACUGGUUCGAGGUCGAGAAAGUAGUCGAAAAUUCCGGGAAGAAAGGUGCUACUAUGCUCGCUGGACGGCAACUCGAAAGACUUUCCAAUGGAAGAUACCCAGCUGGUGGUCAUCGAGUGGUAGCUUACGGGUCUCCGGAGCCUUCGCCAAACACUCCCUCGACCGAUGACAAAAAGUACCGCUUCUCGAUCGUUUUCGUUCUUCGCGCCCACGAACCUCUUAUUAUUAACUCUGAUUCCUUCGAGACUGAAGUCACGGGCAAGUGGCUUGAACCUAUGAACGGUAUUACUGCGGGUAGGUUCUACGAGAAGAUCAGAGGCCAGCACUUCAACAUUAAUAUCGAUAUGGAUGAGAGGCAGAAACAGAGGAAUAAGCUGAACAAUGUCAAGGAUAGGAAGAAGCAGGACUGGGAAGGUAAGGAGAGCAAGGUUGCGAGUAGUGGUUAG